AUGGGGUGGGCCAACGUGGAGGAAGAGCAAGAACUCGAAUACCAUUCUUGCGAUGGCAUAUCAGUUUCAGAAGAUGGUAGCAGGCAUCUCCAGCAGAGCAACAUCGAAGAGCUUCAAGUGCGAGAACGAGAUGACGAUGACGACUCGGAUAUUGGCGCUGAUCAUUCCCAUGCCCACGGUCCCAAGACGACCUCAGAGAGACGACGAGCACAGAAUGACAUCCUGAAAGCCUUUGCUGCCAACAUAAGUUCUCAUUCUACGCAACGAGAGGUUGAAGAGGCCGCUUUGAAGGUCGCAAACGAGGAGCAGCUCUCCAUCCGAGACAUUCUUGCAAACCAAGAGACUGCCGUCCGGAUCACAAAUCCGCGCGACUAUCAGACUGAGUUAUUUCAGAGAGCCAAGAGUGAAAACACGAUUGCGGUACUGGAUACUGGAUCUGGCAAAACCCACAUUGCCACACUCCUGCUCAAGCAUGUUCUCGACGAGGAGCUAGAAAGCCGGGCUAAAGGCAAUGUGCACAAGACUGCCUUCUUCCUCGUUGAUUCGGUCAAUCUCGUUUUCCAGCAAGCGAACGUCCUGCGCUGUGGCCUAGACCAAGGUGUUGAACCAGUCUGCGGUGCCAUGGGUGCUAGUCUAUGGCGAAAGCUAACUUGGGAUGCGUACUUCGCUAAAAACAUGGUCAUCGUAUGCACUGCUGAAGUCCUUGCACAGUGUUUGAUGCACUCUUUCAUCAGCACAGCUCGCAUCAACCUGCUUAUCUUCGACGAAGCGCACCAUGCCAAAGACAACCAUCCCUAUGCUCGAAUCAUGAAGGACUUUUACUUACAAGAGACUGAUCCUUUGAAGCGGCCUCAACUGUUUGGCAUGACGGCAUCGCCAGUAGAUGUUGGAGGCCUCAAACCCGGCGUUGUGGUUGAAGCUGCAGCCAGCCUUGAAAAGUUGCUCUGCUCCAAGAUCGUCACAGUCAGCGAGGCUACGCUCGCCGCGAAUAACAUCAGUCGCCCAAGCGAACACGUCGCACUCUACAAUAAAUUGCGCAGCGAGUUCGAGACACCGUUCCACAUCAAGAUCAAAGCGCAGUACGGCAAUGUCAAAGCCUUUCACAAGUUCUUUGUCACAUCUAAGCGCAUUGGCUCUGAGCUUGGCAGGUGGGCGUCGGACAUGUAUUGGUCUUACGCGUUUGCAGAUGAACAAGCUCGCAAACUCCAACAGCGCGAAGAAUAUCAGUACAACAGGCUGAACAGAGAACGUGUUAACGUUGAAGAGCUUGACACUAAACUCCAGCGGCUCAAAGAUGCCGCAAUCUUCGUACAAGGACAUGACUUUGGCACACCUCAGCUCAAUGACGUCGAUCUGAGCUCCAAAGUCAUGAAGCUACACGAGUGGCUCAGCUUGUACUACGGACGCAGCGAUGAGCCACGGUGUAUUGUGUUUGUCGAGCAGCGCCAGACUGCCCGACUUCUCAAGCUGAUUUUCGAAAGCAUCGGUGGACCCAACCUCCGCUGCGACACAUUGGUUGGUAUUAACUCUCGCGCCGGAGAGCAUCAUAUCUCUUUGCGAGCCCAAAUUCUGACCGUCUCGAAGUUCAGGAGGGGAGAGCUCAACUGUACGUUUGCUACAUCAGUUGCAGAAGAAGGCCUCGAUAUACCACAGUGCAAUCUGGUCGUCCGCUUCGACCUCUACCGGACUAUGAUUGCUUACGUACAAUCGAGAGGUCGUGCAAGACAUCGAAACUCCAAAUACCUGCACAUGCUCGAACAAGGGAACAACGAUCAUCGUGAGCGACUUAUGCAGGUUAGGUUGGACGAGACUGUUAUGAGAAAUUUCUGCAGAGGCAUCGCACGAGAUCGUCUCCUUGACAAUUUGGAUGAUCCAGGCGACUUGACAGCGUUCGAAGAAAGGCUUUACCCAAGCUUUGUCGAUCCGGUCUCGGGCGCGAAGCUUACUUACCGGUCGAGUUUGUCAGUACUCAACCAUUUUGUAGCGACACUACCGACUCCCAACCACGAGACGCACCUACAGCCUACUUACGUCAUCGGUGCUGAAGUCAGUAUUGAUCCUCGUGACCCGCAUCAUUCAGGCUAUCGAUGCGAGGUUAUACUGCCUGAAUGUUCGCCCAUAACCUCGAUGGUAGGCAAAGUUGAGAGCAAGAAGACGAUCGCCAAGUGCUCUGCAGCAUUUGCCAUGUGCCUUGAGCUUCACAAAAAAGGCUUUUUAGACUCUAAUCUACUUCCUACAACCCUCAAGAACCUUCCGGCUAUGAGGAACGCACUACUUGCUGUCAGCGAGAAGAGGAAGGGAAACUAUCCUAUGAUCAUCAAGCCAGAGUUCUGGAAGCAGGGCCGUGGUCAUUCUCCCGAGAAGCUAUUUCUUACUAUCAUUGAUGUCGAUGCAGGUCUGGAUCGGCGCCACCAACCACUAGGAAUUCUGACCCGGAUGGCUUUUUCUCAGCUGCCGCCAUUUCCUGUCUAUCUUACUGAUGGCAGGGCGUCCAAUGUUGUUUCGCAGUCACUGACCAUGCCGCUCAAGAUCACAGGAGACAUGCUUGAGAUCCUCACUAAGUUUACUUUGCGCAUUUAUGAAGAUGUCUACAAUAAGACGUACGAGUAUGACGUUCAGAAGAUGUCGUAUUGGGUAGUCCCUCUUCUUUCACGAAGUGUGAAGGACUUCGCUCUCGAGGACAUCAUAGACAUGCCGCAGAUGCGCAAGGUGUCUGAGCAGCCGAAUUGGCAAUGGACUCCAGGAGUCUCUGACGAUGACCUCGUGGACAAGUACAUCGUGGACCCUAUGAAUGGUGGCCGCAGGUUUUAUUCUGAUCGCAUCGCAACCCACCUGAAACCACAGGAUCCUGUUCCAGCACACAUCCCGCGACAGAACCAGAAGUUCAUGGACAGUAUUCUCGACUACUCAGACAGCAAAUGGCAAAGGAGUAGGGAUAUCAUGAGGUGGCACCAGGACCAACCCGUCCUUGAAGUUGAGAAGAUUCCUUUCCGGCGCAACCAUCUUGCUCGCGUAGAGGAUAAAGAGUACAAGGCUCUGGGCAGCCUAAAAACCGUCAUCUGUCCUGAGCCUAUGCGCAUAUCGAAUAUUGCCACCCCGUUCAUAGUCAUGUGCUAUAUUCUCCCAGCUAUCAUCCACCGGUUCGAGAGCUAUCUCAUUGCAAUAGAUGCUUGCAAGCACGUCGACCUGAAUGUUAGUCCAGCCCUUGCUCUUGAAGCCUUGACGAAGGAUUCGGACAACUCAGAAGAACAUGGUGAGGAGAAGAUCAAUUUCAGAAGCGGCAUGGGCCCCAACUAUGAGCGUCUUGAAUUCUUGGGAGAUUGUUUCCUGAAGAUGGCGACAUCUAUCUCAACCUUCGUGUUGCAACCUGAUGAGAAUGAGUUUGAAUUCCAUGUUCGCCGUAUGCUUAUGCUCUGUAACCAGAAUCUCAUGGAAACAGCAGUAGGGAAGAAGAGGUUCAAAUUCGCCGAUGGCCAGGAGCGUGGCUUGCAACUCUACAACUACAUACGGACUGAAGCAUUCUCACGUCGCACCUGGUACCCAGAAGGACUAAAACUCAUCCGAGGCAAAGGUGUAAAUAAGAGCGAGGAUGACUGGCUCAAGCUUACCCACAACCUUGGUGACAAGUCAGUCGCCGAUGUCUGUGAAGCCUUCAUCGGUGCAACUUUUAUGCAGCACCACCAUGACGGCGAGUGGUCUCCAUCUGACUGGGAUGAAACUGUCAAGGCCGUCAAACUCUUCGCCAACAGCUCUGAUCACCCGCAAUCAAAAUGGUCAGACUACUACGCCGCUUACACAAAGCCCCAGUACCAAGUCGCUGAGUCGACAGCCUCGCAGCUCGACCUCGCACGCAAGAUCGAGGCCAAGCAUCCAUACAAAUUCAAGUACCCGCGCCUUCUGAGGUCCGCCUUUGUGCACCCGAGUCAACCUUUUAUGUGGGAGCAGAUACCAAACUACCAGCGUCUCGAGUUCUUGGGCGAUGCUCUACUGGACAUGGCAUUCAUCAUGCACCUCUUCUACGCAUAUCCGGACAAGGACCCCCAAUGGCUCACCGAACACAAGACGCCCAUGGUCAGCAACAAGUUCCUCGGCGCCGUAUGCGUGAAGCUAGGCUGGCACACGCACAUGCGCCAAAACACGGCCAUCCUCAGCUCGCAGAUCCGCGACUACGUAACCGAAGUGGAAGAAGCCGAGCGCGAAGCCGCCGGCGCCGUGGACUACUGGGUCGGCGUCUCAGAGCCCCCCAAAUGCCUCGCCGACGUAAUCGAAGCCUACGUCGCCGCCCUCUUCGUCGACAGCGAAUUCAACUUCAACGUCGUCCGCCACUUCUUCACUCUCCACCUCCUACCCUUCUUCCAAGAUAUGACGCUCCAAGCCUACGAGACCUUCGCGUCCAACCACCCCACCACGCGCCUCGGCCGCCUCUUGUCCGUCGUCUUCGGCUGCAGCGACUGGCGCAUGGCCGCGCUGGAAACGGAAACCUGCAUCCCCGGUAAAGGUAAGGCGGUCGCCGCUAUGGUUAUGGUUCACAGUAAAGUUGUUUUCCAUAGCUUGGGCCAGAGUGGCAGGUAUGCUCGCGUCCGGGCCAGUCAGGCGGCGCUCGAGAAGCUGGACGGGCUGCCGCCGUACGAGUUUCGCAGCAGGUAUGGCUGUGAUUGUGUGGAUGAGGGCGAGGGCGAGGGCGAGGGAACGGGUACUGGGGAGAAGGCGAGGGCGAUGAAGGAGAGGAUUGGGCUGAGUAUUUGA